AUGGAGGCAUCUCGUCUUGUGGUUCCUAUUGGUGCCCUCUAUACGCCGUUGAAGGAAAAACCGGACACACCACUCCUCCAGUUCGAACCGGUGACCUGCAAACAACCAUGCCGCGCAAUUUUGAACCCGUUCUGCCAAGUCGAUGUUCGCGCGCGACUUUGGAUCUGCCCUUUUUGCCUCUCGAGAAAUCCUCUGCCGCCCCAUUACAAGGACAUUACUGCAAAUGCAAUCCCACCCGAACUACACAAUUCGAACACAACCAUUGAAUAUCGGCUUUCAAGACCUGCGCCGGCACCUCCAAUCUUUCUCUAUGUCGUUGAUACUUGCCAAGAAGAGGAUAGCCUGGUGGCACUCAAGGAGUCUUUGGUGAUGAGCCUUAGUCUCUUGCCGGAGAACGCCCUCGUUGGAUUGAUCACCUUCGGCACUAUGACUCAAGUGCACGAAAUCGGCUAUACGGAAUGCGCUAAGUCAUAUGUGUUUCGCGGCAGCAAAGACUACCCUGCGAAACAAGUUCAAGAGAUGCUGGGUCUCCUCUCCCCUACCUUGCGCCCAGGCAUCCCGCAACAGCAGCAACAAGGCCGUCCGUUGAUGCCGACAGGGCCUGCGUCCAGGUUUCUUCUACCUGUCCAACAGUGCGAAUUCCAGCUCACGAAGGCCCUCGAGCAACUGCAAAAGGACCCCUGGCCUGUUGCUGGAGAUCGAAGAAGCCUCAGAUGCACAGGUGUGGCUCUCAGUGUCGCUGUUGGUCUUCUAGAAUCUUCAUUUCAAAAUGCAGGUGGACGGAUAAUGCUUUUCGCCGGCGGGCCUGCCACCGAAGGCCCUGGGAUGGUUGUUGGCCCCGAGCUCAGAGAGCCAAUCCGCUCGCAUCACGAUAUUGAUCGCGAUAACGUAAAAUAUUACAAGAAGGCACUCAAGUUCUAUGAUAAUCUCGCGAAGCGGACGGCACAUAACGGGCACAUUAUUGACAUCUUCGCCGGGUGCCUUGACCAAGUUGGCUUGCUCGAAAUGAAGGGAUUGUGCAACUCCACCGGGGGCCAUAUGAUCCUCACUGACAGCUUUACAUCCUCCAUGUUUAAGCAGUCGUUCGUUCGUGUUUUCGAGAAGGACGGCGAUGAGAACCUUCUCAUGGGAUUCAACGCGGUCCUCGAGGUCCUAACCACGAAAGAGCUCAAAGUGACAGGCCUUAUAGGGCACGCUGUCUCCCUUAAUAAGAAGUCAUCAUCUGUGGGUGAAACGGAAUGCGGCAUCGGAAACACCUGUGCAUGGAAGAUGUGCGGCAUUGACCCUAGUUCAAGCUAUGGCGUGUACUUCGAAGUUGCGAACCAAGGCCCUGCCGGCCACCAGCAAGCGCAGCAGGCGGCGAUGAUUCAAUUCCUCACCUAUUACCAGCAUUCUUCUGGGCAAUUCCACUUACGAGUCACCACCAUAAGCAGGAAACUCAGUGGCCCAGCUGGCGACCCUGCCAUUGCGCACUCUUUCGAUCAGGAAGCGGCUGCUGUGUUGAUGUCUCGGAUAGCUGUCUUCAAAGCCGAAGUGGACGACGGGCCAGACGUACUUCGAUGGGUCGACAGGAUGCUGAUACGGCUGUGUUCACGAUUUGCUGAUUAUCGAAAGGAUGACCCAACUUCCUUCCGACUUGAGAAAAAUUUCACUCUCUACCCCCAGUUUAUGUUCCACCUACGUCGGAGUCAAUUCCUGCAAGUGUUUAACAAUUCCCCCGAUGAGACGGCAUUUUAUAGACAUGUCCUGAACCAUGAGGAUGUCAAUAACUCGCUUGUCAUGAUUCAACCAACCUUGGACUCAUAUACCUUCGAGCAAGACGGAGGCCGCCCUGUCCUUCUCGAUUCGACAUCCAUCCAACCAACGCAUAUUCUCCUCCUGGAUACCUUCUUCCACAUCCUAAUUUUCCAUGGAGAAACGAUCGCAGAAUGGCGCAAGGCUGGGUAUCAGGACCAAGAGGGUUAUGAGAACUUCGCCGCCUUGUUAGAGCAGCCGAAGGAGGACGCUCGGGACCUUAUUACGGAUCGAUUUCCCCUGCCCCGGUUUAUUGUGUGUGACGCCGGCGGGUCCCAAGCGAGGUUUUUGCUCUCAAAACUCAACCCCUCGACGACACAUACGUCGGGAGCUUAUGGUGGAGUCGGUGCACAGAAUGCGCAGACCAUUUUCACAGAUGAUGUAUCCCUCCAGACAUUCAUGGAGCAUUUGAUGAACUACCUCCUCGCGACUGGAGGUGAGGUAGGCGCCUCUUCUGCCCUAGCACCUAAAAUCGGACCUCUCGGUUUGUCGCCUAAGAAGAUCGGUGAAGAUAUCGCCAAAGCGACCGGGGAUUGGAAAGGUCUACGUGUCACCGUGAAACUUACGAUCCAAAACCGCCAAGCACAAGUUUCCGUCGUUCCCACUGCCUCCUCGUUGAUCAUCCGAGCGCUCAAGGAACCCCCCCGCGACCGCAAGAAGGAAAAGAACAUUAAGCACAACAAGUCAGUCAGCCUCGAUGAGAUAAUUGAGAUCGCGCGCACAAUGCGGCAUAAAUCUUUCUCGAAGGAGCUUAAGGGAACGGUAAAGGAGAUCCUUGGCACGGCGUUCAGUGUCGGAUGCCAGGUGGAUGGAAAGAGCCCUAAGGCUGUCAGCGAUGCCAUCGAGGCAGGCGAGAUAGACAUUCCCGACGAGUAG